UUCUAAAUCAUGAUUCCGAACAGAUCGACCAAACCUCUUCUAAACUUUCGGCUCCAGCAACAAUGAUGGAAAUGGGGAAAUGGAAAAUGCCAGCAAAGGGAAUGAGAUAAUUCUUCUUCAACUGCCCACGUCACUUCUCGGCCACUUGGGUCUUCAAGGACAAUAGCUCUUCUCGUUAGACUUGGACGAUAUCAAUGUCGUCGUCGUCUCAGAACGUCUUCAAAUCGCUGAAGAAAGCCUUUCCUGCGAAGAAUGAAACCGCAUGGAAGACCUCCACGGCUCUCAGCAAUGGAAUCGACCACCAAUCUCUCCUCUCCGACCUCGAUUCUCGCGCCACCCACCUCGUACUCUCCGACCCCCGCGUCAGGCCCCGCUAUUGCUUGUCCUUCUUCAACUUUCUCCGAACGACACAAUCCCACAAACCUGAUCUUUUAGCCCAUCUCGCUAUUGCUCGCAGACUUUACGAGGUUCGGCAACUUGCCCACAUGAAAAACGUGGUGAAUUUCAUCGCCGCGGAUGAGAAUCUCCGCCGCCCGGUUUCGGACAUUGUCGAUUUGAUCGAGAAAAAGAGUGAAAAAGAAGGAAAAGUUUGUAAAUUUGUGGAGAAAUUCUGUGAUAUGAUAUUUAGGGCUUACGUGAGCAUUGGGAUGUUCGAGGAGGCUUUUGGGGUUUUCGAUUACGCUGAUAAAAAUGGGUUUGAGAUUGAGGAAAGAUCCUGUUUUUCGCUUUUGAUUGGUCUGAAGAAAUCCCGGAAAAUGGAUUUGUGUUUAGGGUUUUUCGAUCGGAUGGUGAAGAAAGCAAUUGAGAUUACGGUUUAUUCUUUGACGAUUGUGGUUGAUGGGUUGUGUAAAGAUGGAGAGACUGAAAGGGCAAAAAACUUGGUUGUUGAAAUGACUUGUUUAAAUAAAGUUAUGCCCAAUGUUUACACUUAUAAUACACUUAUUUCUGGGUACGUUGAAAGGAAGGAUUUUGGGGGUGUUAAUGAGGUUUUGAGAUUGAUGGAGAAAGAAAAAGUUUGUUUCAAUACUGUGACAUUUACACUUUUGAUUGAGUGGUUUGGUAGUUGUGGGGAGAUUGGGGAGGCAGUGAAGGUGUUUGAUGAAAUGCGUGGGAGAGGGAUAGAGGCCGAUAUGUAUGUGUAUACGACGAUGAUUAAGUGGUGUUGUAGAUUAGGGGAGUUGAAGCGGGCGCUCUCGAUGUUCGAUGAGUUGACCGAUAGAGGCCUUGUUCCGAGUGUGCAUACUUACGGGGCUUUGGUUAACGGGUUGUGCAAGGCAGGGAAGAUGGAGGCCGCAGAGAUUUUAGUGAGUGAGAUGCGGAGCAAAGGCAUGGAGGCGAAUCAGGUGGUGUAUAACACGCUGAUGGACGGGUAUUGUAGAAAGGGGAUGAUUGAUGAAGCUAUGAAGCUGAAGGUUGUGAUGGAAAAGAGAGGUUUAGAGAUUGAUAUUUUUUGUUACAAUACUGUUGCUAGCGGAUUGUGUAAGCGACACCGGUAUGAGGAAGCGAAGAGGUUGUUGUUUGCGAUGGCAGAGAGGGGUGUGUCACCGAAUGUUGUGAGCUUCACUACUUUGAUUGAUGUAUAUUGCAAGGAAGGGAACUUUGCCGAGGCAAAGCGCUUGUUUGAGGAGAUGGAGAGGAAGGGAGAGAAGCCUAAUGUUGUUACAUAUAAUGCACUCAUUGAUGGGUAUAGCAAGAAAGGAAAGAUGAAGGAAGCUCAUGAGCUAAAAGGAAAGAUGGAAGCAAAUGGGAUGACGCCGGACUCGUAUACCUUUACUACGCUUAUCCACGGAGAAUGUAUUGCCGGGAAGUUAGAUGAGGCGCUGAAAUUGUUUAAUGAAAUGUCCCGGAGGGGUUUAACUCGGAAUGUCGUCACUUACACGGCGAUGAUUGCGGGUUUGUCUAAGGAGGGUAGAACAGAUGAAGCCUUUAGAUUGUAUGAUGAGAUGAUAAAAGCAGGUUUUACACCUGAUGACAGAGUAUACACUUCGCUUGUGAGCAGCCUUCAUUCGGACAAGUCAUAGCUUUAAAGUGUCGUCACUUAAUGAAUUCAUUUCCAAUUUCUCCUUGUCAUUACAUAGAAAAGGGAUUGAUUAUCUGUCCGGUGAUUCCUGGUGGUGAAAUUCAAUUUAUCGUUGAGGCCAUCGUUUUUUUUUCCCAAUAAUUGUUGAUACUUUACUACAAGCUUAAACUAUUGAAAA